CCGGACUGUACGAUGAAAGCCAGAGCGAUCGUAAUUUUCCACACUUGCUAUUUUCUGUUUUCUCUUCUGUCAGAUGCUGGGGUUUCCGGCUCUGAUGCUGAGCACAGGCUGUUCUCCAUCAUCUUCUCCAGUUAUAACCAGUACAUCAGACCAGUGGAGAACGUGUCCGACCCGGUCGUGGUCCAGUUUGAGGUGUCCAUGUCACAACUAGUCAAAGUGGACGAGGUGAACCAGAUCAUGGAGACCAAUCUCUGGCUGCGACAUAUCUGGAAUGAUUAUAAGCUGAGGUGGAAUCCCAAGGACUUCGGAGGGGUCGAGUUUAUCCGUGUUCCCUCCAAGAAGAUCUGGAAGCCGGACAUUGUGUUGUACAACAAUGCUGUGGGAGAUUUCCAGGUGGACGAUAAAACGAAAGCUCUUCUGCGCUUCAACGGAGACGUGACCUGGAUCCCACCGGCCAUCUUCAAGAGCUCCUGCAAGAUCGACGUCACAUACUUCCCGUUCGACUACCAGAACUGCACCAUGAAGUUCGGCUCGUGGACCUACGACAAGGCCAAGAUCGACCUGGUGCUCAUCGGCUCCACCAUCAACCUCAGCGAGUUCUGGGAGAGCGGCGAGUGGACGAUCAUCGACGCGCCCGGAUACAAACACGACAUCAAGUAUAACUGCUGCGAGGAGAUCUACACGGACAUCACGUACUCGCUCUACAUCCGCCGGCUGCCCCUGUUCUACACCAUCAACAUGAUCAUCCCCUGUUUGCUGAUCUCGUUCCUCACGGUCCUGGUGUUCUACCUGCCCUCGGACUGCGGCGAGAAGAUCACGCUGUGCAUCUCCGUGCUGCUCUCGCUCACGGUGUUCCUGCUGGUGAUCACCGAAACCAUCCCGUCCACGUCUCUCGUCAUCCCUCUGAUCGGAGAGUACCUCCUGUUCACCAUGAUCUUCGUCACGCUCUCCAUCGUGAUCACGGUGUUCGUGCUGAACGUGCACUACCGCACGCCGAAGACGCACACCAUGCCGGGUUGGGUGAGGCGGGUCUUCCUCGGUCUGCUCCCGCGGGUCAUGUUCAUGACGAGGCCUGGGACCGACCCGGAGAGACCCGGGAGACCGUGUGCUCUUCACGCUCCAGCUUCCCCUGGCUCCAGCGCUCCGGGCCCGCUCCUGUGCUCGACCGAGCUCCACAGCCUGGCCGCCGCGGGGCUCCUGCGGGGAGAGUGCCGAUGCUCCUGUUGCUGGAACCCUCACGGCACCAGCGGCGCGGGAGAAGACGGAGGAGCGAGUCCCAGCUCCAGCUCCCAGUCCUCGGAUGGGCUUCUGUGCGCCUCCACUCUCUCGCCGCGGGUCAGAGAGGCCAUCGAGAGCGUCAAGUACAUCGCAGAGACCAUGAGGCUUCAGAACGAGGCCGAGGAGGUCCAGGACGACUGGAAGUACGUUGCCAUGGUGAUCGACCGGAUCUUCCUGUGGGUGUUUGUGCUGGUGUGUAUUCUGGGAACGGCCGGGCUCUUUCUCCAGCCGCUGCUGUUGGCCGAGGACAUGUGACGCACACUUUCAAUCUCAACACUUUGAUAGUCGGAAUCAAAUUUUAGCAACCCUAACAAUGCAUUUUUUACAUAUUUAUAUCAUGCGUCGUUUAGAGCUGAAUGCAAAGAGUCGCUGGACCUCGAAGGGUUAAAUGGAUCAUCAUCAUCAUGGACUUUAGGAAGGGUUCUCUGCAC